AUGGCGACCGCUGGUCUCUUCGAAUCGUUCCUUGCCGCGGUGCAAGCGAGCCUCUCGGUGCUCCUGGUUAUGUGCUACGGCGGGCUGGCAGCCCAUCUCAAGGUCAUCGACCGCUCCCAUCUGCAGCCGAUCAGCAAGCUCUGCGUGCGCAUAUUCCUCCCCGCACUACUCAUCACCAAGGUCGGGUCCGAACUGGAACUUGAAAAGGUCGACCGGUACAUUGUCAUCCUCAUUUGGGCUGUUGUUUGUCACGUAAUUAGCUUCGCCCUCGGCAUGCUUGGGCACCGUGGUCUGGGGAUGCCUGAUUGGACGGCACCCAGCAUUCUCAUCAGCAACACGACAAGCUACCCUCUUCUUCUCAUCACCGCCCUCCAAGAAACCGGCAUCCUCGACUCCAUCAUCGUGACGGAUGAGACGACCGAGGAGGCAGUCGAGCGAGCCAAGAGCUACUUCUUGAUUUUCUCGACCGUUAGCAAUCUGGUUACCUUUGCCGUCGGCCCACGCCUCAUUGACUCGGAGCACGCGCCCGAAGACGACGAGGAGGAGCACGACAAAAAUGACAACGCCAAUGGAAACUCACACGACGAUACACCUGUAACUCCAGAUGUCGAAGCCAACGAGCAGACCCGCCUGUUGGAAUCCCACCGACCAAUGCUUCCCGUCAGACGCAGCACCUUUUUUCUUUCGCAAACCAGGGAAACGAAUUCGGAACCAAAGCCCGACCGCCGACGGCCGUGGUUUGUGCCGCGCCGAAGAUGGGAUCAACUCACUCCCCGGAUGAAGUGGUGGCUUCUCUUCGUCCUCGACUUCUUCAACGCUCCGCUGCUGGGAGCCGUCGUCGGCGCCGUCAUCGGGCUUGUUCCGGCCUUGCACCGCGCCUUCUUCAACAGCUUUCAGGAGGGUGGUAUCUUCACCGCCUGGAUUACCUCGUCUCUCAAGUCCAUCGGCGGGCUGUUUGUGUCCCUGCCGGUUGUCGUGGCCGGGAUUACGCUCUUUUGCUCUACUAAGGAAGCCAAAGAUCACCACGAGAGCCCGAUCAGGAACAUCCCCUGGGGCCCUGUCGCCUACAUCUUGUUUGUUCGCUUCGUGGCCUGGCCGCUCAUGUCCAUCAGCGUCAUCUACAUGCUCGCCACCAAGACCAGCCUUCUCAGUUUCGACCCGAUCCUGUGGUUCUGUCUCGCUAUCAUGCCGUGUGGGCCGAGCGCCAUGAAGCUCCUUACGAUGGUCCAGGUUGCUGAGGGGUCCCAGGAUAGCGAGAAGCACAUUAGCAGGCUGCUCACGAUAUCGUACCUCAUCUCGCCGCUGCUUUCGCUCACCGUCGCCGGGAGUCUGCUGGCCAGCCAAGCAGCCAUCAAGAAAUGA